GCGCGGGCGAGAACCAGAAAAUUCCUAUCGCUUCCUCUCCGCGUUUUUCAUUUUUCAGGACUUACAAUCAGAAAUACUAACGGUCUUUCCGUUACGCUCUCUUUUUCGCUCUUCGCUCUCUAACUACCACCACGAGUCCUGCGUGCUAUACCAUGGCAGUUCAAGCAAUUCAACCUCAAACAGCUUUCCUUUACUCUUCUUCUCCAACAGCAUCUUCAUCAGUUCAACGCUUCCGUUUCAGAUUAGUGGGUUCAAGCCCUUCCAAAAAGUCUCUCAAACUGAGGUGCAGAUCGAGCAGCAACGAUGGCGAGGAGGAUGAUCUACUGGAUGCUCCGGUUUCAGUCGGAGAUGGCUUCUCUUUUAGUGGAGGAAAAUAUUCAGACGAGCCGACCCCAAGUGAUGAAUGGUUUAAGCAAGGGAGAAUGGUGAAAGCCCAUUCAAUUCUGGGCACUGGCGAAAAGGCUAAAGAUCCAAUCUUUGGACUAACAAUGGGGACCGGUUCUCAAGCCACUGGUGAUCUUUUCAGAUGGUUCUGUGUUGAAAGCGGAAAUGCUGAUAACUCUCCAGUGAUAUUAAUCCAUGGUUUCCCUUCACAGGCAUAUUCUUAUCGCAAAGUCCUUCCUAUACUCGCUAAGGACUAUCAUGCCAUUGCUUUUGAUUGGCUUGGAUUUGGGUUUUCUGAUAAGCCUCAACCUGGAUAUGGGUUUGACUACACCCUAGAUGAAUAUGUGUCAUCUUUGGUCUCGCUUGUCAAUGAACUUGCCGUUGGUAAAGUGUCGCUUGUUGUUCAGGGCUACUUUUCACCAGUAGUAGUUAAGUAUGCAAGCUUUCAUCAGGAAAAGCUCAACAACUUAAUACUCGUUAAUCCUCCUUUAACAGCUAAACAUGUCAAGCUUCCGUCAACAUUAUCUGCAUUCAGCAACUUCCUGCUAGGUGAAAUAUUUUCUCAGGAUCCUUUAAGGGCCAGUGAUAAACCUCUGACUAGCUGUGGUCCUUACAAAAUGAAAGAAGAAGAUGCGAUGGUCUAUAGAAGACCUUAUCUCAUAUCUGGUUCCUCAGGUUUUGCACUAAAUGCAAUUAGCAGGGCCAUGAAGAAAAGCCUCAAGACCUAUGUGGAGGAUAUGAAGAAAAUACUUCAAAAUCAAAACUGGAAAGUUCGAACAACAAUAUGUUGGGGUCAAAGAGACCGCUGGUUGAGCUACGAUGGAGUGGAAGAUUUCUGCAAGGAUUCUAACCAUACGCUUAUUGAAGUUCCAAGGGGAGGACACCAUGUGCAGGAAGAUUGUGGUGAAGAACUAGGACGGAUUAUUUAUGGAAUAAUGAGAAAAAGGAACUGAAUUUGAUUGUAUAUUGAUAAUUUCCUCUCGCUACAUUCAAAUUCUUACUUGUGUAAGGUUUGCCUCAACAUAAAGUUUGCACUUCAAUAGAAUGGACUGAAUGUUUUCACUGUA